AUGCAGCUGUGAUUUCUCUACGAAUCUCUUCUGAGAAAGAAAUCUAGAGGACAACAUGAAAGAAGAAGAAAUGGCCAGUUCUCAGGGACUGCUGACAUUCAGGGAUGUGGCCAUAGAGUUCUCUCAGGAGGAGUGGGGAUGCCUGAACCACACUCAGCGGGAAUUGUACAGGGAUGUGAUGUUAGAGAACUACGGACACCUCCUCUUCCUGGGUCUUGUUGUGUGGAAGCCAGACCUGGUCAUCUUUUUGGAGCAAGAGAAGCAGCUCUGGGAUGUGAAGAGAAAGGAGACAGUAGCCUUCCAUCCAGCUGUAUCUUCAAAUGGCACCCAGAGUUUCCUGCCAACAUUGUGCAUAGAAGCUUCUUUCCAAAAUGUGGCAGUACAUAGAUAUAAACAUAGUGCCCUUGAGAAUUUACACUUCAUGGUAGACUGUAACAAUGAUGGGGAGAGUGAAGAGCAUCAAAUAUAUCAUGAAGGACAUAUCCAAACUGAGACAACUGCGCAUAAUAUGAAUCUCACUGCCCAAAAUGGUGAAGGAUAUAAAACAUUUUGGAAAACAUCCCUUCUUAAGUCUGCUACUUCUGCAAAGCAGUGUGUUUCUAUAUACAAGGGCUCAAAUCAAAUGAUUAAACAUACAUAUUUGCAGAACGAAAAGUUGGAAAAUCUGGAAAGUUGCCUAGUUCAUGCUGAAAAUAAUUAUUUCAACCAUUUUGAAAGUAGGAUUGGAUUGACCUUUGAGUCAAAUAUUUCUGAAAAUCAGAGAUUUAAAAAUGAAGAACAAAGUGCUGAGUGGGAUUCAUUUGAGAGGUCCUUCACCGAGGAGUUAACCCUACAAAAUUACCAGGGCAUUUUCAAUGAAAACAGAAUUCCUCAAUGCAGUGAAUCUGAGGAAAAAUUUAACCCAGGUUCAAAUGUUAAUACAUGUCUGAGGACUCAUUUUCCAGAAAACCAUUAUGAAUAUGAUAAAUGUGUGGAAGUCUUUUAUCAAAGCUCCAACCUUAUUAUACAUAAUAGCAUCCCUAUGGAAGAGAAUCAUUAUGAAUAUAAUGAAUGUGAGAAAGCUCUUAACCAGUCUUCCAGUGUUGGUGAUUAUCAGAGUAUUCAUGUGGGAAAAGACUCAUACAGAUGUUAUAAACCUGGGAAUAUGUUCAGUCAGUCAUCAAGACUAAAUAUACAUAACACAAUUGGUACUGAACAAAAAAGUUACAUUUGUAAGGAAUGUGGCAAAGCCUUUGACUGGCACUCAACGCUGUGUCAACAUCAGCCAAUGUAUAUUGGAGGAAAACCUUACAAAUAUGAGGAAUGUGGCAAGGUUUUUAUCCACCACUCACACUUUACACAACAUGACAGAAUUCGUACUGGAGAGAAAAUCUACCAAUGUAAAGAAUGUGGCAAGUGCUUUAACCAUCAUUCAAAUCUUAGUCGCCAUUACAGAAUUCAUACUGGAGAGAAACCUUACCAAUGUAAAGAAUGUGGCAUGGCCUUUAACCAGCACUCAGUGCUUACUCGACAUCACAGAAUUCAUACUGGAGAGAAACCUUACCAAUGUAAAGAAUGUGGCAAGGCCUUCAACCAGCACUCAAACCUUACUCAACAUCACAGAAUUCAUACUAGAGAGAAACCUUAUCAAUGUAAAGAAUGUGGCCAGGUCUUUAACCAUCACUCAAGCCUUACUCAACAUCACAGAAUUCAUAGUGGAGAAAAACCUUAUCAAUGUAAAGAAUGUGGCCAAGCCUUUAACCAGCACUCAAACCUUACCCGACAUCACAGAAUUCAUACUGGAGAGAAACCUUACCAAUGUAAAGAAUGUGGCAAGGCCUUUAACCAGCACUCAAAGCUUACUGAACAUCACAGAAUUCAUACUGGAGAGAAACCGUUCAUUUGUACAGAAUGUGGUCAAGCCUUUAACCGGCACUCACACCUGACUCGACAUCACAGAAUUCAUACUGGAGAGAAACCUUACCAAUGUAAAGAAUGUGGCAAGGCCUUUAACCAGCACUCAAAGCUUACUGAACAUCACAGAAUUCAUACUGGAGAAAAACCUUACAUAUGCAAAGAAUGUGGCAAGGCGUUUAACCGACACUCACACCUGACUCGACAUCACAGAAUUCAUUUUGGACAGAAACCUUACAUAUGUAAGGAAUGUGGCCAUGCCUUUAUCCAGCACUCACACCUGAGUCAGCAUCACAGAAUUCAUACCUGAGGGAAAGCUUACCAAAGUAAAGAAUGUGGGAAGGCCUUUAAUCACUGUUCAACCUUUACUCAUUAUCACAGAAUUCAUAGUGGAGCAAACCUUACAAUUUUAAAGAGUGUGAGAAAACUUUUAAGGACUACUCACCCCGUACUCCACAUUAGAGAAUUCACAGUGGAGAGUAACCAUAAAAUUGUAAAGAAUGUGGAAAAGCUUUUAAGCAAUGGUAAUUCCUGAUCAGAGAAAGUGUAUUGGAGAAGAUUUUGAAAUAUGAAGAAUUUUGCAAGCCCUUUACUCAGAGGUCACGUUUCAUUCAACAUCACAGAAUUCAUACUGGGGAAGAACUUAUAAAUGUAAAGAACAUGGGAAAGCUUUUAGAACUGCUCAACCCUUUUCAGCAUCUCAGAGUUUAUACUGAGGAGAAACGUUACAAAGUUAAAGGGUGUCACAAGCCUCUAUCUGGAACUCACAACUUAACAUCAUAGCAAUCAUACAGCAUAGAUAAAUGUAAAAUGUAGAGAAAGUUGCAGUGCCUUUAACUGGAAUUCAGUCUAUACUCAGUAUCCCAAAAUGCACACUAGAUUCAAACCCUAGAAACAUAAACAUAAUCAAGGAGGAAAGACCUUCAUUUUAAAUAUUCACUGUAGCAAACACCAGAGAGUGCAUAAAGGUAAGUUACUUGAAAGAUGUAAAUAUUUAGAAAUGUAUGUAAGUAAACAUCAAAUGUCAAUAAAUAUCACAGAAAUCAAGUAGAAAGCAGUACAUGAGUCAGUCUACUCAGACAUUACAUCAAAAUACUCAUUAUAAGGACUAAUACAAAGUUAAACACUUAGAAAAUGUAUAUGCUAUUAUGCUUCAAAAGAACAAGUGGAUGGAUUUUUGCGUAGAUAUCAUUGAUUUCAGUAUGUCCUUGUUUUUGUUUUUGAUUGUGUUGUUUUUUGGGUUUUUUUUUAUUUUGUUUUUGUUUUGGUUCAUCGACCCUAUCUGGGAUUUGUGACUAGCAAAUAUUAACAUAUUUGUACUCUCAAAUCACUUCAGAAAAUUCAUUUACUCCUAGUGGGUUUGUGAAAGUAUGUGGCUGAUUGUUGUUGCAUCAAAGAUAUGAGAUGCCCUUCUUCGUUAGGUGGGACUCAUGCAUAUCUAAGUGUCCAUGGAAGAAGAGAGACAAUAUAAUAUAUAAUAUAUGAAGAAAAUCUAAAUGGAGAUGCUGUUUGUGGCUAUAACAUUAAUGUCAGUUAUGAUGGAAGAAGUGUUCAGAACAUCAUUAUUCUCCAUUUAUUAAAACUAAAGAACUUCCUGGAUAUUAUAAAUAAAAUAUUUUCUCAUCUGGUCUUUGAGAAAAAAGAGGUGCCAGUCCAGUAAAAUACUGAUGUAUCUUCAUAAUUAGCUAUAGUUAGAAGUAGAGGAUGUCAGGUGAUGUGCUUGAAAUGAAGAAAUCCUCAAAGAUACCAAAAGAGGGGAACUCUUUCCUAAAACGGCAUAGGAUUACACAUAUAAAAUUUUUAAGAAUGAUCUCAUGCCUGAAAACAAUGGAAAUCACUACUCCCACAUCAUGAUAUCAGCACACAAAUGCUUUUUAAUGCUUGUAUUCCGUAUUUCCAAAAAGGAUUAUACAGUGGAUUUGAAAUGUAUAACUUAGUCUGUGUGUGAACGUAAUAUAUUUUAAUUAAUAAAACAUAAUGAUUUUUAACAUGU